AUAACAGAAGUGUAACAUUUUCUUCACUUUUAUCGAUUUAUUUCUAUUUAAUGGGUCCUCAUGUUUGUAAUGCUUGUCGGAGCUGUAUCUGCAAAGCAUGCGUUCUCGUCUCAGCACAUUCACAAGCACGACGGUCACCAUGAGCUCGUACACCACCACGGUCACGGUCACGGACACGACCACCAUCAUCACCACCACGACUAUUAUACACACCCAAAAUACGAGUUCGAGUACAAAAUAGAAGAUCACCACACCGGCGACAAGAAAAGUCAGCAUGAGACUCGCGACGGCGACGUCGUGAAAGGCUACUACAUGCUCCACGAACCAGACGGAUCAAUCAGACACGUCGAAUAUCACGCUGACAAGCAUUCUGGAUUCCAUGCAACCGUAAAACAUCAAACCCACCAUAUCGUGCCGAAGCACCACCACCAUCAUUAAUUAUUGUAUUUCUAAUUACUGUAUGGUUUAUUCUUGUUAUUGCCUUUCUUACUGAAGAGUUGUUGUUUGUUUGUUGCUAAAAUUGUAAGAGAACUAAAUAUAUUAUUUACGAAAUAAAUCCAC